AUGGCAGAUAAUGAGCAGAAAGCUAUGCAGUUGAUUGCAGAGGCGGAGAAGAAAUUAAGUUCUUCUAAAACCUUUCUAGGUUCACUAUUCGGUGGAUCUUCCAAAGUAGAAGAAGCAGUGGAUUGCUAUCUCCGAGCGGCAAAUCUGUUCAAGAUGUCCAAGAAGUGGCCUCAAGCUGGCCAGGCAUUCUGCAGCGCAGCCCAACUACAUCUGAAGGCCGGUGUUCGUCAUGAUGCAGCCACCAAUUUCAUAGAUGCAUCCAAUUGUUAUAAGAAAAGCGAUCCCAAUGAGGCAGUGUCGUGUUUGUUAAAAGCUAUCGAAAUAUACACCGACAUGGGACGGUUCACUGUGGCCGCUAAACAGCAUCAGAACAUAGCGGAGUUGUAUGAAACUGAAUGCGUGGACCUCGCUCGAGCUAUGCAGCAUUACGAGCAAGCCGCGGAUUACUUCCGCGGUGAAGAGUCCACGUCAUCAGCCAACAAGUGUAUGUUGAAGCUGGCCCAGUACGCCGCUCAGCUCGAGCAUUACGACAAGGCUAUACAGAUAUACGAGCAGAUCGCCAAGUCGUCUCUGGACAAUAGCCUGCUCAAAUACAGCGCCAAGGAGUACAUGUUCAGAGCGGCCCUAUGUCACUUGUGUGUGGAUCUGUUGAACGCUCAACACGCAUUAGACAAGUACUCAGCGUUAUACCCGGCCUUCGCUGAUACCAGGGAAUGUAAACUGGUCAAGGAGCUGAUCGAACACUUGGAGGAGCAGAACAUUGAUGCGUUCACCGAGACCGUGAAAACAUACGACAGUAUAUCACGCCUCGACCAGUGGUAUACAACUAUGUUGGUGCGCAUCAAGAAACAGAUCAAUGACAACCCAGACCUGCGCUGA